AUGGCGCAGAGCUCUGUAGAUUCUGAUAGACUGUCAUCAGCGGGUAUAUCAACUCACAGUUCAGGAACUGCUGGUACAGUUGGCGGUUCAGUGGUUGGUGUUAGAGUGGGAGAUUCAAAUCUUAAGAGAGAAGAUGAAGAUGAUUAUAACUUGGGACCUCUACCACCUAUGUGGGAGAAAGCAUUUACACCGUCCGGAGAGAAAUAUUUCAUUGACAAUAACACUGGUACAUCACAUUGGUUGGACCCUAGAUUAGCGAGGGUUAGGAAGCAUUCUCUGGGUGAAUGUGGUGAAGAUGAACUGCCUUAUGGCUGGGAGAGGGUUACCGAUGAGAGAUAUGGUUCAUAUUACGUCGACCACAUCAAUAGAAGAACACAAUACGAAAAUCCUGUAUUACAGGCUCGGAGGCUUAGAGCUGAAAAAGUUGCUGCAGAGAAUGGAAAUAACAAUCAAGUUAAUGGGCCUCAACCUGCCGGGGAGUUACGAGGGGAGAGAUUCACUAUCACCCUUACUAAGGGUACUCAGGGUCUUGGCUUCACUUUAAUUGGCGCUGAAGGUACACCUGAAACAAAUGGAUACUUACAAAUCCGGAGUAUUGUUCAUAACAGCCCAGCUUGGAUUGAUGGUGGUCUUCGGCCAGGUGACGUGGUGGUGGGUGUUGGAUCCAGACUAGUCCGUGGUCUGACCCACGCUCAAGUAGCGCAGAUCUUCCAAUCAAUACCAGCCGGAACUGACGUCACACUACAAGUCGUUAGAGGUUACCCACUAUCAUUUGAUUCAGAGGACCCUAACACUCGUGUGUUGUCAACCCUAGCGGUGGAUGCCAACCCUACCACACCUGAUGCUGUGGCCAUGCAACAACUAACAAGAGCACUCAGAACUAGGUUUAACCUGGAUUCCCCGAGUGAUGGUCAGAGUCGAGAUGAGCCGGACACCUCAGUUCCGGAUCACAGUCCCAGUCAGAGGCGGCUCAUGUCUCGCUCCUUCGACCUGGACGAGCUCAACAAUGAGACAAGCGCUGUACCUCCCAGGUGUCCGUCAGCUGAUCACCUGCUUAGCUUAGUUACAGAUCAACAUCGCAAUAACAAUGUAUCAAACGAGCCGGGGAGGGAACUGGAAGUGACUCUACGGCGAGGAGCGGCCGGGUUUGGAUUCACCAUCGCUGACAGUGUACACGGACAGAAAGUUAAAAAGGUGUUGGACCGCAGCCGCUGUGCAGGUCUUCGUGAGGGAGACUUGUUAUUGACUAUAGGGGAUAAUGACGUCAGACACGCACCACACCAACACGUUGUACAGGUCCUCAAAGACUGUCCAGCUAUGUUGGAGACGACGUUAAGGGUUUGGAGACGAAACACUAUCACGAGAGCUCCACGAAGUAGAUCCGCCACAAGAGUUCAAACAACCACUACAAAUAACAACCAACUCGGCAGAAGUAAAACACCAACAGCCGAGCAGUUGAGGUCUCAGCCUACCUUACACACGGAAACUGAUAUAAGAGAUAUACAAAACGGAAUGGAUUCAGUAGAAGCUACUUAUGCGGUCCCAACCCACAAAAACCGGGAUAGAGAGAGUAUAAUGGAGCGGCGUCGUAGAAGUAGCACCCCCGGAGCUAGACUGACAUUACCAGCCGUUACCCAAGUUACCCCUAUUACCCCUGUUACCCCCUGGAACGAAUACCAAGAAUGGCAACAUCCAUGGAACAGGGGAACGGACAACACUAAUAUUAUACGCAACUGGGCUGAGAAUAACCAAAAAUGGGAUGAGAAUCAGAAGUGGGAUGGAAAUAAUACUGAAUAUAUUGGAAGGGUAGAGGGUAACGGGUGGGAGGGGAACGGGGAGAGGUGGAACAAUAACUGGGGGGAAGUCCCUACACCCACCGUACAUGUGGAUAUGAACGCUGGGUACUGGAGGGGAAACGCGAGUGUAGCUGACAGUAGCGAUAAUGGAGGGUUCCCGGAGGACGGUCUCUUGCCCUCCCCCGCGGGUUGUCCGCUUGGAACGUCACCCGCCAGGCCGGGGCCUAGCUCGCACUCACCAGACAACUCUACGGGUCGUCUCCGGUCUCAUUCUCCCUCCACAGCGAGCGCCACAGACCGUCUUCUAUCUUCGUCCCCCUCCAGACUUCAAAGCCAGUCCCCUUCAAACCAUUCCAGCAGCAGUCGUGUUAAAGGAUCUCCCUUACGUCUCCGUGGAAACUCCCCAGCACAUUCUCCUCGAUUCGAGGGUGAAGCGCCCCCAGCGUUAUACGUCGCCAGUUACCCUCAGGUGGAGGCAGGUGGCAGCACCGACCCGGAAGCGGAUGUCCUGGUCCGUCUGGCUCGCAGCUCCGCUGGUUUUGGCUUUAGAAUAGUAGGAGGAACGGAAGACGGCAGCAGAGUCGCUGUAGGAUAUGUUGUACCAGGGGGUCCAGCCGAUGGUUUGCUUCGACCCGGUGACCUAUUGACCUCUGUUGAUGGGGUCCCACUUGCUGGGGCCACGCACGCCUUAGCAGUGGCGUACGUCUGCCAAGCCGCUUCUAGGGGUCAUGUUACGCUCGGCGUUAGACACAAUCGCGCUGACAUACAGGCGUUAGGUCUACCCGCGAUACCGACACAACCAUUACUAGCCGAGCCUCUGCACGGCCCCACAUACAACAUCCUGCACCCGGCGCCGUUCUACUCUUCCAACACAGCCAUUCCUAGGUAUGGGGUUCAAUAUGACACGAACGCUGGUUGGUGUUCGACUCCGUAUGACGUCACAGUUACCAGGAAUGACGGAGAGGGUUUCGGGUUUGUGGUCAUAUCGUCCACAAAUAAAGCUACCAGUACUAUAGGUCAAUUAAUUCCCAACUCACCAGCGGCUCGUUGUGGUCGUCUUCGUGUAGGGGACACCAUUGUGGCAAUAAAUGGGACAGCGGUCCGCGCCCUGCCACACCCUGAGGUCGUGUCACUCAUCAAACGGUCCGGGGCAGCAGUCACAUUGACCGUAGCCCCGCCUGACUUACGACACGACUGA